GAAAGGGGUGGUGGGUGCGCACGGCUCACCCGAGCGCGGCUUCCCCGGGGCCCCCGGGCUCCGUCUGGCCGCGGCCCCGGCGCGGAUGCUCCUCCAACAGGCGCCGUGCUCGCUGAGCGGCGGGCGGCCCCCGGCCGGCACCAUGCACACCCUGCAGAAGGAUACCACGUUCACCAAGAUCUUCGUCGGGGGGCUGCCCUACCACACCACGGACUCCUCCUUGAGGAAGUACUUCGAGGGCUUCGGGGACAUCGAGGAAGCGGUAGUCAUCACCGACCGCCAGACGGGCAAGUCCCGGGGCUAUGGCUUUGUUACAAUGGCAGACCGAGCUGCAGCAGAGAGAGCUUGUAAAGACCCCAACCCCAUCAUAGAUGGCCGGAAAGCAAACGUUAAUUUGGCAUACCUGGGAGCCAAGCCAAGGAGUAUUCACACUGGUUUUACAAUUGGUGUUCAGCAGUUACACCCCGCUUUUAUCCAGAGAUCUUAUGGGCUUACCCCGCACUAUAUUUACCCACAAGCGAUUGUUCAGCCCAGUGUGGUGAUCCCCGCUCCUGUCCAGUCCAUCGCAUCCCCCUACAUAGACUACACUACAGCGAGCCAAGCCUAUACCCAGUACACCACGGCCGCCUACGACCAAUACCCUUACGCCUCCUCUCCCGCCGCCGGCUUCGUGGGAUACGGCUACACCAGCGCCGUGCAGGCUCCCCUCGCCACCACCAACCCUGCAGCCGCCACCACAACCUUUGUGCAGUACCAGCCCCCACAGCUGCAGCCUGACCGGAUGCAGUGAAGAGACCCACGGAAGGACAGUCUGACUUCUGGGGGAUUCAGCAAGAUGCUCAGUGAUGAUGCGAAACAAAACCAAAACACAAAAAAACCAGCAAAAAUAAAACAACAAAAAUAACCUACCAUAAAAUGACAAAAAAUACCAGAAAAACUUAUUUAGGUGCAUAUGAAUACCUAAGCUAUUUAUAUAGUAUUGAGGGUAGACAAAAACCCUUUCAGAUUUUACUAUACUCAUGGAAGAAGAGAGAGUUCUGUUUCUUUUUUUUUUUUAAUCGGAAAAUAAUGUCUUGAUGAUGGCCUAAAAAUGAUGGAAGAAUCUAACUGAAAACCAUACAAUUACUUGCACAAUUUUGUGGUCCUCUUCCAAUAUGUCUCUCUUCCUUCCCAUCACUCCUGUCAUGCCAGCCUGCAAGCCUACUCUUUACCAUGAGGUACACAGAGAUACUCGGCCAACCAGCGUAACAAUCUUCUCUCUCCCCCCUUUCCCCUUCUGGUUGUACAAAAACUUUGUAAUAAUACUCAGAUGCCUUACUGAAAAAAAGAACUAUUUUUUGAAUAUUUAUUGCGAUUUUACUCGCAUGAGCUGUGAAUUGCAGACAGAAGGUUGGUAGUAAGUAUCUGCCUCGUUUAAUUCUCAUUUACUAAAUUAUUGUAUGUAGGUAAGUUUCUAAGAAAAUGACUGAAUCACUUCAACAUGCAAAAGGGAAUAUUGUUCUUGAGGAAAGUAAAAUAUUCCUACAGUAAACAACGCACUGUAAUAUUUUUCUUAUUUUAAUUGUUACACUGUUCAGAUCUCAAAAUUUAAGUAUAUUUUUUAAAUGGGGAAAAAACCCACCACUUGCUCCUCCCUAUCACCCCAGGAAUACAGAACUUAUUGUAUACUUUAGAAGCUCUUUUAUUAUUGCUGCAACCUAAGGAAAGAAAAUGAUGACAGUAUUUAUGUAAAAUAAAUGAAAUCAGUAAAAUGGGAACCAGCAGAGCCAAGGAAAAUCCCAAGAACUGAUUAAUGAUGUUAACCUAUCUGAACAAAAAGAAAAAAGGACAUUUUAUGCCUGUGGUACGAUAGCUGUCUAAAUAAAGAAAACAGUCUAUAUAAGUUAAGUGGAUUUUUACAAAGAAAGCAAUAAACUGUUUAAGAUUGUUCUUCUA